CGGUGCAAUAACAAGAAGAGCUGCUCUUGGCUUUUGUCAGAAUCAAUAAGGAAAAGCUGCUAUUUGAGAGCCCAAGUGCCUUGCCCAGAUCCUCGCUUGAUUGGGCAUCGGCGUGUCCCGCUGCGCGAUUGGUGUGUUUCCGGUGUUGCACACAGCAUCCUCCUGCGACCCCUCCUCGCUCGCCCAUUCGCCAGUCGUGUCAGUCAGUCGCACUUCUUCGACUUUGACUCGUCGCACCAGGCGAGAGAUCGAGAGACGUAAACAAAAUACGCACACUUGGGCUGCAAAAAGGCCAGCAGCGGAUUCGGCCUGUCCUAGACCUUUCGGCCGACGCAGCUGCGGUUCGCAAUCGACCUGUUCGACGCCUGGUUCGACCAUUGACAGUCUGAAAGGAGAAAUUCUUCGCAGGCUGGAGAAUCGGACAGGCGAUUGCUGAUGAAGGCCAUGAUCACGUUUCACUAGACAUCCUCGUCCUGUCUCAGGUAUGGCGAACCUUUAAUAAUGUGGGCCGUGAUCCUCGGCUUGCUGUGCUUGACCGUUGGAGAAAUCCUCACCCGACAACACGCCACCAAUGCCACUACUGAAGACACAACCAAAAUUUUCCUCCAAAGAUACCCAUCGCAAGAGCAGCAGCAACUCUCCACUAACAGGACUAUCACUUCGAAAUCUCCUACCACUAAUGUCCCCGUGCCACGUUUGCCAGAAACACCAGAGAGGCGAGGAAACAAACACAGAAAGCAGAACUCGUUGAAUGACCCCCUGUCUGUGUCCGGAUCUUCCCAAACCUCAAGUCGCAAACCCAACAUAGUCCUCAUCCUGACCGAUGACCAGGACGUGGAAUUAGGUUCACUCCAGUUCAUGCCGUUCACGAGCCGUCUGCUAAAGGCCGAAGGUGCAGAAUUCAGGCACGCCUAUGUGACCACUCCCAUGUGCUGCCCAUCUCGGUCGUCACUUUUGACGGGGAUGCUCGUUCACAAUCAUCAGGUGUUCACAAACAACGACAACUGUUCCGGACACACCUGGCAAGCCACACACGAGACCCGCUCAUUCGCCACCUACCUUUCCAAUUCCGGUUAUCGAACAGGUUAUGUUGGAAAAUAUCUCAACAAGUACAACGGCCACCACAUUCCGCCCGGCUGGCGAGAGUGGGCCGCUCUGAUAAUGAAUUCGCGCUACUACAACUACUCGAUUAAUGUAAAUGGCCAACGAAUCAAACACGGCAACGAUUACGCAAAGGAUUAUUACACCGACUUGAUAGCGAAUGAUUCGAUCGCCUUUCUCAAGCAGUCCAAGCAGACGUUCAGCAAAAAACCUGUCAUGCUGGUUAUGAGCUUUCCUGCUCCUCACGGCCCUGAGGACUCGGCGCCUCAAUACAGCGAUAUGUUUUUUAAUGUCACCGCUCAUCACACGCCAUCUUACAACUACGCGCCGAAUCCUGACAAGCAGUGGAUUUUGCGAGUGACAAACAAAAUGCAGCCCAUUCACAAGCAAUUCACCGAUCUUUUGAUGACUAAGCGCCUGCAAACGCUGCAAUCCGUCGAUGCCGCCGUCAAAAGGGUUUAUGAGACGCUGCUUGACUUGGGUGAAUUGGAGAACACGUAUAUUUUUUACACGUCAGAUCACGGCUACCACUUGGGCCAAUUCGGGCUUGUCAAAGGCAAAAGCUUCCCAUUCGAGUUUGACGUCAAAGUUCCUCUUCUGGUCAGGGGCCCAGGCAUCGACCCAGGCACAAUAGUUGAUGAUGUUGUACUCAAUGUCGAUCUGGCCCCAACUUUCAUUGAUCUCUCAGGAGAAGACCCUCCAGGUCAUAUGGAUGGAAGGUCCAUUAUUCCGCUAUUGCACAAAAGUUCCAACAAGGCCAGAAGAAAUAAGCAUUUGAGAUACAGAUCCUGGCCGGAUACAUUCCUCAUCGAGAGCAGUGGCCGUAGAGAAAAAUUUGGGAAACAAGUGCCAAACACUUUGAGUAAGACAGAUAGAUUAAAUAAGGAAUGUAAAUCACCAGUAUUCCAGGCACCUUGCCAACCAAGGCAGAAGUGGUACUGCGUGAAAGAGCAUGGAAGAUGGAGAAAACACAAGUGCAAACCUUCCAAUUUGGGCCGCAGUGCUAUGAGAAAGGUAAAUCGCCGAAAGUGCACCUGCUUUCCGCAGAGCUUGAUUCCCAGCCAGUCCCUGAUGUUGUCACUGAACCUUCCUGAACAAAAGGUGCAGAGGAACUUUUUACGCACCCACCUUCCUGCGUCGCAUCAUCACAAAAUCAUGAGGACCAGAUUUUUAAAAACACCGUUCCUUAGAGUGCAGAGAUCCGUCCAGCACAGACGAAGGCGGGGAAAGAGAAAUUUGAUGGGACUCUUGGAUUCAUUCGUUGGCGGAGUCACAAAGCAAAUGCAGGAGCUCAUUCAGGAGAGCAACUCGACAUCUGCUUUCACUGCAGCAGAGGUUGUCACUGUCCAGCCAAAUGCUACUCGAACUGCUGCGGCCAGGUGCAGGGUCUUAGUCAGCGGAACUGUCAACUGCAGCCGAGCCGUUUACCAAAACAGCAAGCAGUGGCGACGCUCCAAGCAAGACGUCGAUGCCCAAAUCAUGAAACUGAAGGAACAAUUGGAAACUUUAAAAGAAAUUAGAAAGCACCUUCGUGAAAAGAAACCUUACAAUGCUCCUGUGGAGGAGGCUGAGGAAGACGGAGAGUCGGAGGAAGACGAAGAUGAUGACGACAAUGACGACGAAAAUGAAGACCCUGAAGAAGAGGACGGUGAUGACGAAGAAGAGGAGGAUUUGUUUACUGAAGACGAUUUAGCCACAAGUACAAUUGGCUACUCAACAACCAAAGCUCCAACCACUCCGGGCAUAUUCCAGACCAAAGAGCCCGUCUUUUCUACUACGACAGCAAAAUCUCCUGUCAACUCCACUGCAGCUCCAGUUGAAGCAACACACGGCGUCUCUGCACACAGAGACCGAAACGGAAAUGUGUGCAUCUGCCAGCCAGAUCGCAUUGCAGAGGCGCGCCGCAGGAUGAAAGAGAUGAGGUUGAAAAAGAAAGAGCGGAAGAUGCGGCGCAAAUCUCGACUGGAGAUUGAGUGUGUGCACGAAAAGAUGAACUGCUUCAGCCACGACAACGACCACUGGAAGACGGAGCCGUUGUGGACGGAGGGUCCGUUUUGCGUUUGCAUGAACGCCAUCAACAACACGUACUCGUGUCUGCGCACCAUCAACGCGACGCACAACUUCUUGUACUGCGAAUUCACCACGGGCCACGUCACCUACUACAACCUGCGCAUCGACCCUUUUGAGCUGUUCAACCGAGCGCACGAGCUACAGCCGAGAGAAUUGACCAGCCUGCAGGCAAGGCUGGCGCAGCUCAAAGACUGCAGGGGUGCCCUGGAGUGCCGAAACAACAACCCGCCCCCGCACAGUGAUCCCUACGUCAACGCUGAGGUUUUCAGGCGCAGGAAACCAGGUAUCGGAAGAUAGACUUUCUUCUAUUUCGAUAAACAGAACCGCCAAUCUGAACUCUAGUUUGGAGCUUGAAAUUUCAAUUAGGUUUUUUUCUAUUAGAAAACAUCAAAAGUGUUCAAAUUAUUCUAGUUUGGUCUCAAUUCUUUUCUCCGAAGCUCCUUCUUGAGUUAAAAAAAGCAUUCAGUGAGUGAAACAUUCCUCAAAAUAGCAUUUAGAAAAUAACUUUUUGCUUGCUGUUUGUUCGUGUCCCUCAAUUGCAUAUAUAACUAUAGUGCAAGAAAAAAAAAUUUUGUGGAGAGAAAGAUUUUGGACAAGAAAAGGCGUCCAAUUUUCAUAGUUACUGUGGCGCAAAUCGUCAAUUAUUAUAUUAUUCUCCUGCCUGGAUAAAUGGAAGCAGAGAGGCUUUUUCAUGAUAAGAAAUCUCUUUUUAUAUUUUUUCUAUAGCAACUGACAAGUUUGAACGUCGUUUUCUGUGCCAGUGUUUAUUUUGGUGCAACGCUUUUCUCUCAGACUAUCAAACGCAUUAUUAUACUUUUUAUAUUUUUUGUGAUGCAUAUUAUAAUAUAUUAUAUUUUACCUUUAUUUUCGCUAUCAAGCAAGUGUAAACUAAUAACAAGCAUGUAAUAUAAAAAUAAAUAAUGAAACACAUGCCCAAAAAUUCUCAAAAAUUUCUCCUUACACAA